ACACAUCUGGAAGUUAUUGAAAACGGGAGAAACGGACAGACAGGAAUUAACUGGAAACAAAAUGAAGAGGAGGUAGAGAGUGGAGGAAAAAAGUAGAAACAGGGAAAGACAACAAUAUAGUAUUUCUAACAUUCUUCAAAGAAAUCUGCUGGGGCAAACGGAGUGCAUUAAAAGAGGGAAGCUAAACAAAGGAAAGGAAAGAAAAGGAGGUUUCAAGUGUGCUGGAAGAUCAAGUCAAACUACCAAAACAAUACCAAAAGUACAAUAAUACUGUGAGGAGAGUCAUAGUAUUUUUGUGGAUUUAGAAUUCAUACUUCCAGGGGGAGUGCAAACAAGUAGUAAUCUCCUGGACUGACAACAAACUAUCAACUUCAUCGUUGGAGCCAUCGAGUGUUGAUCAUAGCUAUCAACACUGAGACAGAAUGUCGGUGUCACGAAGGUGUCUGUGCUGUGUGAAAUACCUUAUGUUUGUCUUCAACCUCAUAUUCUGGCUAGGAGGAUGCGGCUUGUUUGGGGUGGGGGUGUGGCUGUCCUUCACACAGUCAGAGUUCUCUUCCCUCCCGCUCUCCUUCCCCUCCCUCUCUGCUGCAAACCUGCUCCUAGUGGCUGGGGGAGUCACCAUGAUCACUGGGUUCUUGGGCUGCCUGGGCGCCCUCAAGGAGCAACGUUGUCUACUGAUGACGUUCUUUGUAAUCCUCCUUGUCCUGGUUAUAACAGAAGUGACUCUGACACUCGUACUGCACAUUUUCCAUGAACAGCUUGAUACAAAGGCACAAAAUGAGUUAAAGAAAGGAAUGGAAGAUUACGAGACCAAUUCCGGGCUGCAGAAAUCAUGGGACAGUGUGCAGAAAAUGUUUAAGUGCUGUGGAGUGACCAAUCAGACAGACUGGCACUCCAUAUUGCGAGAAGUUAGUGACAGUAAAGCACUCCCAUUAUCCUGCUGCAAUGGAGAGGACCCCUGCAAAAAUGGAUGGAAUGAGCCCUGUUAUCAAAAAGCAAGACGGUGGCUACUGGACAACAUCACUUCAGUCCUUAUUUUUGGAGUCUGCAUUGGAAUAGUCCAGAUUUUUGCCCUGGCUUUCUCCUUGUACAUGUACUGCCAAAUACUACGUGCUGAAAAAUACCUGGACUGAGACAGGAUGAGAAAUGGGGAAACUGGGUAUUACAGAACACAGUAGAAGAAUGUAAUUUGGAGUAUAAGGAAUAUGUAUGGCACAAGGCCUUAAACAGAUGUCAUGUUUUUAGAGACAGUUUUAGGCAACACAUUAUAAAUGUUUAUUAUGUACUAGUUACUGGCAUAUAAUCUUAUACACAGUAAUAUUAGUUACUGCUAGCAAUGCAAGUUACUGUUAUUACUAUAAUGUAAACUCAUUUGCCAUACAUUACAAACUGUGGAAUCACUGUAAAUAUGUAAUCGUCAUGUAACAUCUUCAUAAAUCAUGUACUGACAAAAAAGGAAAAGGAACAAGGUUUGUUUUUGUAAAAAAAAAAAUAUUUUAAAAUGACAGUUUAAAAAUAACAUGUUUCACAUAUCAA